UUUAACUGUAUGUCUUUUUCAUUGUGCAAUUAGUUUUCCUAUUGGAUUGGAAAAAUAUUAAAAUACGAAAAGAAAGAUAAUAUAAACUUAUUCUAUUCAUGGUAUAUCUUUGAGUAAUUAAAAUGUGCUUUUCUUUCUUCUAUAUCAAUUAAUUUAGUAAUUGUGCUUUCGUCAUUCAAAUUACCGAUGGUGAUCAACGAAUACAAGUUGACAAUCACCAAAACAAAGCGACAGCAACAGUAGGCAAUUCAAAUAUUUAAUUUCCAAAAUUAGCUAAGUAGCAAUCAAACCCAGAUAACCAAAUGCCUCCUCACCAAGAACUUGUUUCUCUAACUUUUUCUAAACUCCCAAUUAACCAGAGAAGAUGGACUCCCCUGCUGGUUAUUCCGAUACUAACAUGGAAGGGUUGGGGGGACUUGGGUCUGGUAUUGAAGUGCUCAUCGGCUUUCUUAUGCUGAUUAUAAUUGUAGCACUCACUUCCUACUGCAUCACCCGCAUGCGCCUCUCUCCAAUUCCUCAUCACCACCCAACCAGCUUCUUCACUUCCAACACCAGCCGAGACUCGGUGGUUACCGUCGCCGGAACCGAAGUAGGCCUCGACGAGGCCACUCUCGGGGGCUUCCCAAAGCUUCUUUACUCCCAAACCAUGUAUUGUAGUGGCAAGUCCUCGACCGCUUUGUGCUGCUGCUCUGUUUGUCUGGCUGAUUAUAAAGAAAGCGAUGUGCUCCGUGUCUUGCCAGAUUGCGGCCAUGUUUUCCAUCUCAAUUGUGCCGAUUCAUGGCUUCGGCUUCAUCCUUCUUGUCCCAUUUGUCGUAGCUCGCCGAAUGCUAUGGCUAAUCCUCUAUCUGAUGACGUGGCUGUUCCUGUGCCUGUCCCUUUGUCUUCCCUGGCUAUAGUUUGAUUCAAGCUAUUCUUAUUUUCGUGUAUUUUAACAGUUAAAAAAGAUACAAUUUACAUGACAGGAAGUUCGGGUUUAGAUUGUUUAGGGAGUUUUUGUAUUCUUGUAUGUCACGUAAAAGCACUUUAACUUCUAAUGCAAUUUACUCGAUCUGUGA